CCUGACACCAUUCUCCAUGUGCGUGGAUGGUAGCAUCAAUUCAACGACACGCACACAACAUUUGUAUGUUCUUUAAGAUUGUACAGAGUGGAUUUUGAGUUAAAGGGAUACUUUUUCUUGCUUGACAAGAGUUUUGUUCACAUCCUUGUUUAGAUGGCCUAAGGGGACAUGUUGAUAUCCAGACUGCCAUUGAGCGCCUUGGUUAGCAGCAGACGGACAUUAGCAGCGAACGGUGGUCUUUUUAACACACUGCUUUGCAAUAUGAGCGAGGCAUCUCCAAGGGAACCGGCUGACAAUCCAUUGAAAAGAUCCAAAGAGGAAAAUGAGGUGGUUCAAGCCAACAAAAGACUCAAAACAGAGGGAGAACACGCUGAGGACGAAAAGCGAUACCCCAAAAAGAAAGUGGUCCUCCUCAUGGCAUACUGUGGGAAGGGAUACUAUGGCAUGCAGAGAAAUCCUGGAACUACUCAAUUCAGGACAAUAGAAGAUGAUCUUGUCGCAGCUCUUGUUAAUUCUGGCUGCAUUCCUGAAAACCAUGGCGAUGAGAUGAAGAAGAUGUCUUUCCAAAGAUGUGCACGGACUGAUAAGGGGGUGUCUGCGGCCGGCCAAGUGGUGUCUCUUAAGGUGCGGCUGAUUGACCACAUCGUUGAAAAAAUCAACAAUCAUCUUCCACCUCAAAUCAGAAUCCUUGGUCUGAAGCGAGUGACCCAAGGCUUCAACUCGAAAAACAAAUGUGACGCUCGCACUUACUCCUACAUGCUCCCAACAGUGGCCUUUUCCCCUAAAGACUAUGACACGGCUAAAGCGUCGGCCUUCCGCCUGGAUCCGGAAACGCUUCGGCGAGUCAACCUUCUAUUUGCGCGCUACAAAGGAACCCAUAACUUCCACAACUUCACAUCUCAGAAGGCGCCGAGUGACCCCAGCGCUCGGCGUUACAUCAUGGACAUGUCCUGCGGAGAGCCUUUUGUCCUCAGUGAUGCCGAAUUCGCCAUCAUCAAGGUGCAAGGCCAGAGCUUCAUGAUGCACCAAAUCCGCAAGAUGAUCGGCCUGGUCAUUGCCGUUAUUAAAGGAUACGCGCAGGACGAUGUCAUGGAGCGGAGCUGGGGGCAGGAGAAGGUGGAUGUGCCCAAAGCGCCGGGACUUGGCUUGGUCCUGGAGAGAGUCCACUUCGACAGGUACAACAAGCGCUUUGGCGGGGAUGGCCUGCACGAGCGCUUGGAAUGGGACAGGGAGGAGGAAGCCAUAAAGGCCUUCAAGGAGGCUCACAUCUAUCCCACCAUUGUGGAGACGGAGUGUCAGGAGGGCUCCAUGCUCAGCUGGAUGGCCACACUGCCCAUACAUGACUUUCACGGCACAGCCACUGAAACACAGAACAAGGAGCACACACAGGUGGAUGCAGAUGAUGCAAAUGACUCUGAUUGAGAAGACAUGGUGACUUCUUUUUUUUUUUUUUACAUGAAAACAACUGAUUUAAAAUUGCUUAUAAUUUUUCAGGGGCGGAAAAAGUGGUUUUUAUUACAGAUGACAAAAAUUAUUGCACAGAUCAAAACAAUAAAAUCUUUUC